AUGAACUCACAGCUCGUCGCGGUCGCAAUCGUUGCAUUUUUGGCGAUUCGCCCGUCUGCGGCUCAGACACCGAAAGCCAAAUUUGAUUCGAAAGUGAAAGCCUUGGGUGUCAAAUUUUACACGGUCGCUGAAAUCGGAAAGCUCACCGACUGUAUCGAUGACUCUUUCUAUGCUUGUGCUACUAUGAAAGAGAUCAAAGAGAAAGCCAUAUCAUGUGCAAUGGAGAAUACUGCUGCUGCAAAAUACAUCACGUUGAUGAAGCUGUUGACAGGCAUGGACAACUGCCUUAAGCCGGAAGGUCAAACAACAAUGAAGCUUAUCGACAAAGUCACUCCAUCUGCCUUCACAGUCGUACAGGGUGUCUACAAUAAGACAAUCGCUGAUAUCAAGAUCGCAAAAAAUGCUGGAAAAUCGAAAGCGGAAGUUAUGGACAUUGGAUAUACGACCAUAGCUGGACAAAUCAUCACAAAACUGGAAUGGAACUGCUACCUUACUAAAACCACAGAUCUCCUUGAUAUGACUUUGUAUGAAUGUUCGAAGAUUGUCAAGAAGUAA